AUGACUGAAUAUUCAAGUGUCAAUGGAUUUAGUUCAAUUGUUGAUAAUCAUAAACGUUCUACCCUAAUGAAUUUACAACGACUCAGUAUAAACAUUAAUCGAAAAAGCUUAAUCCCAUUUUUCGAUAUAAUACAUAAACGUUCUCAAUCCACAUCAGUUGCAAUAUGUAAAACUCAAGAUAGUAGACAGUCAAUUCAAACUGCAGGAUUUCAAUUUCUUUCACAUCAAACCUACUAUCCUUUAAUGAUCGAUGCAAUAACAAGACAGUUGGAUCUUAUUGAAAAAUUUGUCACCAUGAUUGAACAAAUGAUAACUGCAAAACAAUCGUAUUAUAUGGCAGUGAAAGAUAUUUGUGCAACCUUCAUUGAAAGUAAAAAGGAUAUGGAUUGUGUAAAAAAUGACCAAAACAAUGAAAUUUUUCAUGAUCUUUGGGUGAAAUUUAUUGAAAAGUCACAGAAAGAAGUUGAGCUUCAUGAAGUUAUUGUUCAUGAGACCAAAACCAAAGUAGUAGCACCUUUACAAUGGAUUGUUAAGCAUAGGAGGCAACAGAUUUCACGUUUGAAAGAUUUUCGUACUGUAACUGAUUCAACUCUUCAACAGUGUACUGAAAGAAUUGAUGAGUUACACGGAAAUUAUUCAGAACUUUAUAGAAUCCAUCGUGAAGUUUUACAAACUAAGGCCAUAAAGGACUUAAUGAAUGCGCAUAACUCUUAUGUACUUCAAUUGCAUAUGACAAAUACAAUGAAAGAGUAUUACCAUAACCUUAUCUUACCACAAUUAAUGCAGGAAUUUGAAACAAUAGUCAGAGAGAAUACAAUGGAAUUUGGACAGAUUUUUGAUUACUAUUGUUCAAUUCAUACAAAUAUGUAUGAUCAACUCAUUUACAAUAUUCAUGAUGUUCAAUUUCAAGUUAAAGAAAUGUCUCCGGAUGCAAUUGUAGCUUUAAUUGUAAACAAUUUAAAUAAAAAUCAAAACCCUUCACAUUGGCAGCUUAUUGAAUACCUUCCACCAGACUGUGACUGUCCUGAAAUUCUAUGCUCAGAUAAUAUAAUUGUAGAUAAUUUAGUGAAAGUGGAAUUACAAACAAAAUUUAAUCAAUUGAAACGUCAAUUUGCAGAGAUUUCAUCAUUUAUGCAACAAAAUAUCAAUAUUGUACAUACAUUGAAAACAUUAGAAAAAAGAAUUAACUUUGAUAAUCCAGCAGGACAUACUAAUAUCAAGGAGCAGGAUGAUAUUUAUCGUAAAGAAGAUGAAAUACGUAAAGCAAAAAUAGCGCUGGCUGGAAUUGAAGUUCAAAUUAUUAUAGUAAGCUUAAAGGACAAAAUGCUGAAUACCAAAUGUAAUUUAACUGAGAUGAUGACAUUUUUACUAGUUAUUUUCAUUGAAUUACAAGUCUAUAUGACUUUGUAUAAUUCAACGAUGCCAAGCAAUUAUUGUUUAAAUGCUGAAUGUGGAAAAAAAGAAAAGAAAACUGAGUGA